GUCCAAGCGUAGGACUUUUCUUUUCCUAAGUAAAUUCUGAAACUUAUAAUUCUUUAUUUUAUCCCACAAGAAACGGAUUCCUAUAAAUAAAUCAAGCAUAUAUCCUCUCUCAAACCACAUAUUAGAGCUGCGAAAUCUAGUUCCAAAAGGUACUAAUGGAAAAAAUUCUUCUAGAUGCUACAAUAGGACGCGCACUGGAGGCGCUGCUAGGAGCUGUCUUGCAAGCCAGGGAGAGAGCGCAUAUGUAUGAGUCUAUUCUUGCACAGUUAGAAUGCACGAUUCAUACAAUAACUCCAAAAAUCAGUGAAAUCGACCGUCUUUCUGACGAAGAUUUCCCAGACGAUGUCAUCCAUCGAAUACGCCAACAGCUGAUUCAAGGGAAGGAGCUAGUUGAUAAGUGCUCGAAUGCAGGUGGCUGCAACUUCUGCAAGGGGCAAAGGUACUACAAGAAGCUCCUCGAGUUGGACGAGUCUCUUCGGAGGCUGAUUACCAUUGAUUUGCAAGUUAAGGUGGCAUUGGAUGUUGUAAGGAUUUCAAACGAGAUGAAGGCAAUAUGUAGGAGAUGGGAUCAAAUGGAUGUGAAUGGAGGAGGUGGGAGGGGUUGGAUUUUCAAUCUAAGUGGAAGUAGGGUUUUGGGUAAUAAGUUUUCCGGACUCAAGAGGUUUGUGCAAUCUGUGAAUUCAGCACCAAAGAGAAUCCUUAUAAAUUUGGUUACAUGUGGGGCAAUUACAGGUCAAUAACAGCAGCUUAGUUCUGUCCAAACUCGGAGAUAUGCAAUUGAUAAGUAACAUAAUGAGCUCAAUAAUUUGAAAGGAAAAGAAAAUAUCUUUUUUAUGUAUUUAUGCUUACAACAUGCUAGGAUAGGAAAUAGGAUUGAUUGUGUAAUAAUUAUAUAUUCUGUUUGGGGUUGAUGCUGCUGUUGUUGUUGUUUUUAAUACAAAGAUAAUUUACACUAA